CCCCUCCCCUUUCCCUCAGACACCGCCCCCCCCCCCCCUCACCCUCCAGGGGAGGGUUGUUGAUGCUGCCCGGCCGCCCAUGGGAGGGAAGCAGAGCACGGCGGCCCGCUCCCGGACCGCUUUCCCCGGCGUCUCGAGCGACGACAGCGCCGUGCACGCCGCUCACUACGGCCAUUACCGGGCUCCCGCCGCCGGAGGUGGUGGUGGUGGCGGCGGAGGAGGAGGCCCCGCCAUGGGGCUCAGGACUCGCUCGGUCAGCAGCGUGGCCGCGAUGGAACCGGCUCACGCCUUCGGGCUGUACGGUGGAGGAGGGAGCCGGGCCGGAGGAGGCGGCGGCGGCAGGGCGGCCGAUGGUGUCGAGCACAGUAACGGUGGUGGUGGAGGAGGGCCUGACUCGGCCGGUAACGGUUACCAGGAGACGGGAGGUGGUGGAGGAGGAGGCCCGGGCCCCCGGGAGCUGCAGCUGUACCUGGGCUCGAGGGCGGCCUCGCUGUCCGACUCGCUGCCGCUUCACCUGGCGGCGCCACGCUGGUUCAACACACACAGCGGUUUCAAGUGCCCAAUUUGCUCAAAAUCUGUAGCUUCCGACGAGAUGGAGAUGCACUUUAUAAUGUGUCUCAGCAAGCCACGACUCUCCUACAACGACGAUGUGCUGAGUAAAGAUGCUGGAGAAUGUGUUAUCUGCUUGGAGGAACUUCUGCAAGGAGACACAAUAGCUCGACUUCCUUGUCUUUGUAUCUACCAUAAAAGCUGUAUAGAUUCAUGGUUUGAAGUGAACAGAUCAUGUCCAGAACACCCUUCGGAUUGACCUCUCCUGGCUUGCAGCUGCUUAUGGCCUUCUGUUAAAAGGGCACUCUGCUCACUUUGGAUAAACCCUUACAUGGAGGUUAAGAAUCUGAUACACUUGAACUGAAAUUCCAGCAACCAGUUCUGAACAAGAGAAACAAAAAGAACCAGAUGAAAUUUGGAUAAGAAGGAAGCCAUGAGUAGAUCACCAGCUGGUAGAUUGAUCACAUCAGCCCCAGAAUAACGGAAUGACUGAUUCUUUUUGAAAAGACUGUACAGAAAUAAAGGGGAAGAAAAGGACUUACCAAGCAGAGCAUGAUUGCUUUUUGGAUUUGAGAGUGCUGUGCAAAAGACUUGUCUCUGGGAUGUGACUUCAAGGUGGCAACCACUACAGGUUAUAAAAGCAAAGGAGAGUGGAAUUUCACAUGUGUUGACCAAGUUCUGAAAAUGCCAGAAUGUAAAGCAUUGAGUGUCCGUGGGCUUGUAGUUGUGUCCAUGAUGUGUUUACACAGUGUCCAGUGUAGCCAGCGUGUUCUUGCUGAUGUGUGUACAGACACGAGCACUCUCCUGGCUUUUUUCCAUCCCACUUUGUGACAGAUGUUGCCAAAAAUUAAAAUCCUCUAAUGAAAGGAUCUGUUCCUUGUCGACAAUUUUCAGCCAGAAGCGCUCUCUGCACUAACGUUUAAACCUGGAAUCCUGUCUUCUUGAGCUCCUCAGCUCUGUGCUACAAAAUGACACAGGCAUCCUAAAGAGAUGGUUCAAAUCUCUUUUUUGCCCUUCUCUCAAGGCCCUAGUGGAUUUUUUAUGGCUGCAGUUUCCUCUAGAGACUAGUGAAUCUGUCCUGCUGUUAAAGGUAUCAAUUUUACUUCAGCUUGUUAUGUAGCCUGAAUAUUCAGGCUGGUGUAUUUAUGACAGCUGGAGGAAGAUACUCCCUUUUGUUUGUCAAGGUGUUUUGAUAUGGUGUACCAUCACGAUGUUCAAUAAACUAUUGAAUGAGCAUUUACAUUAAUUUGUGCUAGAUAAACAGAAAUGGAGUUAAGAUUUCCCUUUUCUAAUUUUAUUUUCACAGAAAUCUCUUCACAAAUGAAAAGUUACAGCAUGAUGUAAAGUUUUUUUUACUACUUUGGUGACGUAGGCUUUUAGUAAGUCUCAGGAAAUGCAAUGACCUGCACGUGACCCAGAUGUGGGUAGUUUUCCACUUUCUUUAGGGACUGCAUUUACAAUGGAAGGUCAGUUUAUAGCAUAAAGGGCUUUGCAAUGUUAGCCCGAGAGCUAUGGACUGUUGCUGCCGUUCAGUAAUGUGUUUACAGUGACUGCAAGUUGGUAGAAGUAAUGUAAGCUAGGAUUGACAUGCUCUGCUCUAUCUGAUCAUCCAGGGCUCACAAGCAGAGCUAGUACACAGAUCCCUGCAAACAUUGGGAGAAACCCUGAGUUUGCUAGGCACAAGCAGUCUGGGUAUCAGGUAGUUAAUUCCCUGCCAUAGCAUUUACUGGUAAAUUCAAUAGUAAUUUUCGUUCCCCAAAACAAAAACUAGUGUUUUAUAGUUGAUGAACAGACAGAAAAGAAAGAGACCGGAGAUGCCAUUUUACAAGGAAUGGGAGGAUAUGACUGGAAAAUGAGUCAUUAGAAGGAAAAUGAGGACCACGCACACCAGCAUUUAUAGUACAAAUGGUGUUUGUGAGCAGAUUUCAGAAUCAAGACAAAUUGCACUAGUGGUCAACAAAAUAUAUUUGAAACCAUGCUGUUAGCAGUUUUGGGUACUACAAGUUACUGCAUGACGGGUAUCGAAUUUGAGUGUAAGAUAUAUUACUGCAGGAAAAUUGUGCUUUUCCCAGCAAUGUGAGUAGGCCUAGCACUUCUUGGAACUGUGUACAGUCAUUGUGAAAUUAAUGUUUCAAUGUGGUGGGUUAGGGGCUUUUCCCAUGUAUACAGAAACUGAAAUACGUAGCAGGAUUGUGUUGCUGCUGUUUUUAUUACGCGUUUUAUUCUAGCAUCACCUUUACAUUUCCCUUCUACUCUCGUAAUGGUUUCACUGUGUGCUCUGUUUCUUUAAAUGACUGAUCAAAAGAGGUCACAAUGGUGAGGUCCUUGUAAUCUGUGAUGGAUUUCAAACUUCAGGUACAGAGUGUCAGUGAAGCAAGAAUUUACUUUUUUUUAAACAAACUUUGUUUUAAAGGUGUUGCACGAUAUACAGCACAUUCAUAAUGACUUAAAGCAAUGCACUUUUUGUUUUCUGUGUACUUUUUUUUAGUUUCUUGGAUGCUCUUGCACUGCUUUAUUCUGAUACAGAUUCUCACCUAGGUGAUCUGUCCUAUUUUUCAAGGUGAACGUUGUAAAAAAAAAAAUCAAAGGUUAAGCUUAUUUAAUUUUGAAUGCCUCUGCUGUAAUUUGUACUUAUUCUAAUUUACCCUGUCCUAGUGCCUUGAGUUGAAACCAUUUUUGGUGCUCUCAUUGAGCUGACUAUUUUCCAGCCUGUUUCUUGGUAGCUUUGAUGAAUGAGGAAAUUAACAGUGCUUUUAAUGUGGUUUGUCCCCACUCUAUUUUCACCUCAAAUCUUUCAUAUCAAGUUAGUUAUUUCAAAGAAAAAGGACUUUCCCUUCCAGGUGUGUAUGAAGAUAAAAAUGGAGCUAAGCAUCUAAAUUUAAGUUAAAUUGACUCUCUCAAAUCCUUUUCUUCAUAAAACAGUGUCCACUUUCUACUCUGUAGUUGAACAGCUGACCUGUGGCAAACAUUUAACUGUUUUCUCUUCUCAGCAAUACAACUGUGGUUUGUGGCACAAUCCAGUGUGAACCUAGUUGCAGCUGUUUGCAGUAUUUGACUGCUUGUGUCAAACAUAGAUACCACCUACUGGAUCUGUAAUAGACAACCCAAAUCAGUAAAAAUCAUAAUUAUAAAAGCAGAUCUACAGUAUCAUCAAUAUUCUCACUUAAAACUUAAUGCAUUUUUUAAAAUGGGAAUGAAAAGAAAAUGUUUAAAAUACUCAUGCUUUAUCUGCAUCUGAGAACAUUUUAAUGUUAACGUUUUGUUAUGGAAAACCAAAGCCAAAACCCUAAUUAAGAAUUUGGGGAUUUUAGUGUAAUGAUUAAUUCUUUGGGCCAAAAAGGAAAUUAUCCCAAAACUGCAUGAUAUCACACUUUUGCCUGUUCUUUUUAAAAUUUUGUUUGACUAAAAUUGCUAUCAGACAGGGUAGUCACCAAGUGCUGUUUGGCAGGAUGUUGCUUAGCACCUGCUUUUUCUCAUGUGACUGACCUCAGUUAUUUUCAUUGGAGCAGGAAUUGAUCAUUUCCCCUCAGACAGGAAGUGACGUUUGGCAGGUGAGCCACUGCAGGCCACAUGGUCUCCCUCAGUUAAGCAGCUGCUUUAGUCAAGAAACCUGGGCACAGCUGACUUCUGUGAUUGGAGCAUGGCAUGAGAAGAAAGAAUAGCUAAAUUGGGAAAGGAGAAUCUCCACUUGAAUAAUUAAAAUGUACUAUUGCUGAAAUAAUUACCCAAAAAAAACUUACAAUACUGAUUCAUUUUCCCCAUAAUGACUUGCUUAUUGGUGUUGCAGAAGAAUUCUUUGACAUCUCAUCUGUUAGUUUAUGAGUAGUGAUGUUCUAAUGGUCGAUCUGUAGGGCAGUAUCCAUGUCAGUAUUUAUACUCAUGUUGACACAUUUUUAUUACCUUUCAGAUGUCAUUUCCUCUAGGUGAUUUUGCCAUAUGUCCACUGAGCGUACAAGACAAUGAUGUCAAGGAAUAAUCUCUGUUCAGUCCUGCUCUGUUUUAGCAUGACUUGUGUCCAUUGCCCUGAGUGUGAUUUUAAAAAGAUAUCAGUUAUUUUAAACUUUCCAUUCUGAUUCAUAGUUCUUUUUUAAAACAUUGAAUCACCUGGAAGAUAGAAAGAGUAGUAGAUGAUUCAGACCCUUGAACCUUUUCCUCUGUUCAGUUAGAUCAUGGUUAAUCUGCACCUCAACUCCACAUCCUUCAAUUUGUGUUGUGGUAGGAUUUCAGUCUCUCUUGGUCCUGGCAUCUCUGCUUUCAGAAAUACAAGCUGAGUUUACACAAUCAUAAUUUGACUCUAUAAACUUUUUGAUGUCAUUCUGGGGAAUUCGUGUUGCAACACCUGUAGGGCCAUUCAAUUAUUCGGGUGGAAUGGAAUGCCCAAACAGUGAAUCCAGUGUUUCAGGUGGGGUCUGACCAAGGCUGUAUACAGCUGAAAUGUAUUCUUCUGCUUUAUACUUCAACUCCUUUGAGAUAAGGGCAACUUUUUCAGUCCUUUUGAUUGAAUUUUGUUUCUAUCUAUUAACUUUUAAUGAUUUGAGUACUUGAUAAUAGUUGAAUUUGAAACAUAAGAAUUUGUUUCUUCGGCCCAAAGUGAAUGAUUCCAGACUUAUCCGCCAUUGGCCAUAUUU